AUGGCGAACAGUUUGGGUGGAUUUUGCAGAGUAAAUUUGAAUGAAGACGCAGUUGCUGAUCCAGACCAGGUUGCCCAUGAGGUCGCUGCUCUCGUUCACAUGAGCGAACAGAACAUAACCAAAAGGAGGAAGCUUGGCUUCUUUUCAUGUGGAAAUGGAAAUCCAAUUGAUGACUGUUGGCGUUGUGACCGUAACUGGCACAAGAACCGUAAACGCCUCGCCGAAUGUGGGAUAGGUUUUGGUCGUAACGCCAUUGGUGGUCGUGAUGGACGUUUCUAUGUCGUCACUGAUCCAACCGACGACGACGUUAUCAAUCCCAAACCCGGAACUUUACGCCACGCCGUUAUCCAACUUGAGCCACUCUGGAUCGUCUUCAAAAGAGACAUGGUGAUCAAACUGAAACAAGAGCUGAUCAUGAACAGUUUCAAGACCAUUGAUGCUCGUGGUACCAAUGUCCAUAUCGCCAAUGGUGCUUGCAUCACCAUACAGUUUAUUACAAACGUCAUCAUUCAUGGCUUGCAUAUUCACGAUUGCAAGAGAACAGGGAAUGCAAUGGUCAGAGACUCGCCGUCUCACUUCGGGUGGAGGACAAUGGCUGAUGGUGAUGCUGUCUCUAUAUUUGGGUCAAGUCAUAUUUGGAUUGACCACAACUCUCUGUCUAGCUGUGCUGAUGGUCUUGUUGAUGUUGUCAUGGGUUCCACUGCCAUUACCAUUUCCAAUAACCAUUUAACUCACCACAAUGAGGUCAUGUUGCUAGGCCACUCUGACUCGCAUAGGCAAGACAAGCUGAUGCAAGUGACCAUUGCAUACAACCAUUUUGGAGAAGGACUUAUUCAGAGAAUGCCAAGGUGCAGGCAUGGAUAUUUCCAUGUGGUCAACAACGAUUACACACACUGGGAAAUGUAUGCGAUUGGAGGAAGCGCAAACCCAACUAUAAACAGUCAAGGCAAUAGAUAUGCUGCUCCCAAGAACCGCUCUGCUAAGGAGGUGACAAAAAGGGUGAAGACAGAAACAAGUGAGUGGAAGAAAUGGAAUUGGAGAUCAGAAGGAGACCUUCUAGUGAAUGGAGCGUUUUUCAUACCAUCAGGGGAAGGAGCAUCAGCGAGCUAUGCACGUGCCUCAAGCUUAGCAGCUAAACCAGCCUCCAUGGUUGACUCAAUCACUUCUACUGCAGGUGCACUUGGUUGCCGCAGAGGAAAACUUUGCUAG